AUGCCUGUCGUCAGCGCGGAAAAGCUGGCAGAGCUCCAGCAGCACGCCGACAAUGUCCGCAAUAUCUGUGUACUGGCACAUGUUGAUCAUGGCAAGACGUCCUUGACAGACGCCCUGAUCGCCACAAAUGGCAUCAUCUCCCCCAAGAUGGCGGGCAAGAUUCGGUAUCUCGACUCACGGCCUGAUGAGCAGCUUCGGGGCAUAACGAUGGAGUCCUCAGCCAUAUCACUGUUCUUCUCCAUGAUGCGGCGGCCCAGCCCAGACGCAGAUCCAGUGGCCAAAGAAUACCUUAUCAACCUCAUCGACUCACCAGGACACAUCGACUUCAGCAGCGAGGUGUCUACGGCAUCGCGUCUCUGUGACGGCGCUGUGGUGUUGGUGGACGCCGUCGAAGGUGUUUGUAGCCAGACGGUGACGGUGUUGCGGCAGACGUGGGUCGAGAAGCUGAAGCCGCUGCUUGUUAUCAACAAGAUGGACCGGCUCAUCACAGAGCUCAGAAUGUCUCCGGGAGAGGCGUUUGUCCACGUCAGCAAACUGCUCGAGCAAGUCAACGCUGUUCUCGGCAGCUUUUUCCAGGGCGAGCGCAUGGAGGAAGACCUGAACUGGCGGGAGCGUAUGGACGAGCGCGUUGCUGCAGCCAAGGAGGCACACGGCCAAACGGACAAGCCGCAGGCCGUUGAAGAUGAGUUUCAAGAAAAGGACGACGAGGAUAUCUACUUUGCUCCCGAGAAGAACAACGUCAUCUUCAGCAGUGCCAUUGACGGGUGGGCAUUUACCGUCCGCCAGUUUGCGGUGCUCUACGAGAAGAAGCUGGGCAUCAAGUCCAGGCUGUUGGAGAAAGUGCUCUGGGGCAACUUCUACCUCGACCCCAAGACGAAGAAGGUGCUGGGGCCGAAACAUUUGAAAGGGCGGAACUUGAAGCCGAUGUUUGUGCAGCUAGUGAUGGAGCCCAUAUGGGCGGUCUACAACGCCACGAUUGGUGGCGAGCAUGGGAAGGGCGACGCAGAAGCGCUCGAAAAGAUCACCAAAUCGCUCAACAUCACCAUCCCGCCGCACAUCAAGCGGUCCCGCGACCCUCGGCUGCUGCUGACGACUGUUUUUGCGGCAUGGCUUCCGUUAUCGACGGCGCUACUCGUCUCUGUCGUAGAGUCGCUGCCUUCGCCACGCACAGCCCAAGAGGGACGGAUGGCCGACUUGUUGGACCGAACGCCCGACCCGGAUCACAUCAGCGCGGACAUCAGGUCGGCCCUAACGUCUUUCAGCCAAGCCAAGUCGCAGCCGGUGGUGGUGUAUGUGAGCAAGAUGGUGUCUGUACCAGAAAGCGAGCUGCCCGAAAACAAGCGGCAUGGAGGUACGCUGAGCCCGGACGAGGCUCGCGAACUGGCCCGACGCAAGCGUGCAGAGAUUUCCCGCGCUCAGCAGGCAGCAGCAGCAGCAGAAGUAGCAGCGGGCGGCGUCUUCCCGACAGCAGACGACGAGCGGUACAUAACGUCGGCUCUCGACUCGGCAACAUUGGAAGACAGCGAUGCCGCCGGACAGCCAGAGGAAAGGCAGGACGACCCCGAGCACCUGAUAGGCUUUGCACGCAUAUACUCGGGAACGCUCUCCGUCGGCGAUGAGGUAUAUGUUCUGGCGCCCAAGUUCUCUCCUGCACGGCCGCACCAGCCGCCGGAGCCGCAGAAGAUUACGGUGCAGGCGUUGUACAUGCUGAUGGGCCGCAACCUGGAGCGACUGGACCAUGUGCCGGCCGGCGUGGUGUUUGGUAUUCGCGGUCUCGAGGGUACGGGCGUGCUGAAGUCGGCUACUCUGUGCAGCCAGCUCGAGGGCGCCUGCAACCUGGCUGGCAUUGCCAGUACCAGCGGCAAGCCGAUUGUGCGGGUGGCGCUGGAGCCGGAAAACCCAGCCGAUCUGGACAAGAUGAUUGCCGGGCUGAAGCUGCUGGUGCAGAGCGACCCAUGUGCCGAGUACGAGCAGUUUUCCAAUGGCGAGCACGUACUGCUGACGGCCGGCGAGCUGCAUCUGGAGCGCUGUCUGACGGACCUGCGGGAGCGCUUCGCCCACUGCGAGAUCCAGGCCGGUGCUCCCAUUGUGCCGUACCGGGAGACGAUUGUGCGUGCCGACGAGAUGCGGCCACCGGCAAACAAGGAACUGGGACGUGGUGCAGUGCAGAGCACGACGAGCUCGAAGCAGGUGUCGAUCUUGCUGCGCGUCAGGCCGCUGCCGGCCGAGGUGAUUGACUUCCUGGUCAAGAAUACCAUCAGCAUCCAGCAGGCCUUUCUGAAGGGAGGAGAUGCCGACGAGGCAAAGGACGGCGGCGACAACGACGGCAACGAUGACAACGACGAAAGCGGUGUGAAGAUGCUGCCACCAGACGAGUUCCGUGCGCAGCUUCGCGCGCGCUUCGACAGCUGCAAGGGCCGCGAAACCUGGAAGGGUCUUAUCGACAAGAUUGUCGCCUUUGGGCCACGCCGCACCGGAUCCAACGUCCUGAUCGACGCCACGACGGCCCAGAGCCUGCAAAAGGUCAUUUCGGGCGAGCGUGCGGCCGACGAGACGGUCAGCCCGAGCCACUUUGGCGACAAGAUCACGUAUGCCUUCCAACUCGCCACAGCACAGGGACCGUUGUGCCACGAACCGGUGCAGGGCAUCGCCGUGAUCGUCGAAGACGUGAGCGUGACACCACCGUCUGAGAGCGGCGCUGCACCGUUGCUGGCUCGCGAUAAUCUGGGCCGGCUGACCGGCGAGGUCAUCAAGACGGUGCAGCAGUCGAUCCACAAGGGCUUUCUCGACUGGUCACCGCGCAUCAUGCUUGCCAUGUAUUCGUGCGAGAUCCAAGCCAGCACGGAGGUCCUGGGCCGUGUGUACGACGUGCUGACUCGGCGUCGUGGCCGGGUGCUGUCGGAGACGAUGAAGGAGGGCACGCCCUUCUUUACAAUCUUGUCGCUGCUUCCCGUGGCCGAGUCGUUUGGCUUUUCCGACGACAUGCGCAAGCGGACGAGCGGCGCAGCCCAGCCACAGCUGAUCUUUGCCGGCUUCGAGGUCCUGGACGAGGACCCGUUCUGGGUGCCGUUUACCGAAGACGACCUCGAGGAUCUGGGCGAGUAUGGCGACCGCGAGAACGUGGCCAAGCGGUAUAUGGAUGGCGUGCGGCGGCGCAAGGGCUUGUUGGUCGAGGGUCGGAACGUGGCCAUCGAUGCAGAGAAGCAGAAGACGCUCAAGAGAUGA